GUCUGUGUUUUUGCAGCCCUCAUGAGCUCCAGUUACCCAGGUGUACUCCAUUCACGGUGGGUGGAGCUUCUCAGGUGAGAACAGGUAUAAGUGUGUGUAACCUCGUACACUCUCACUCACUCUCACACACACUCACACACUCACACACACUCUCACACACACUCUGCACAUCGCCAGCACAAAGGAUUACCACAAGAGGGGUCUUCUGCUUCAGAGCCGGGCUGAGGAGCACUGAUCCGGACUGAAGCCGCUCAUCACCCUUCAUUCUGACCAUGGCGAUGGUGUUUUCUGAAGAUCAGGUGGCGUGUGUGUGUGAGGUUCUGCUGCAGAGUGGGUGUAUGGACCGCCUGGCAUCGUUCCUUCGCUCCUUACCCUCCUCCUCUUCCUCCUCCUCCUCCUCCUCCUCGUACCCGGGUCUGCAGGGGAUGGAGAGCGUGCUGAAGGCCCGAGCAGCCGUGGCCUUUCACCAGGGCCGCUUCACCGAGCUGUACGCCCUGAUCGAGGGCCACGCCUUCUCCCCCCUCAGCCACGCCCUCCUGCAGCAGCUCUGGCUCAGGGCUCAUUACCUAGAGGCGGAGCUGCAGAGGGGGCGUCCGCUGGGGGCCGUGGGGAAGUACCGCGUCCGCCGCAAGUUCCCCCUUCCCAGAACCAUCUGGGACGGAGAGGAGACCAGCUACUGCUUUAAGGAAAAGUCUCGGUGUGUGUUGAGAGAGUGGUACUGCCGGAAACCGUACCCGUCACCCCGGGAGAAACGGGACCUGGCAGCAGCCACAGGCCUCACUGCCACUCAGGUCAGCAACUGGUUCAAAAACCGCCGCCAGAGAGACCGAGCUGCUCAAGGCCGGAAAGGACAGGUGGAAGAUUCAUUGCAGCAGCAGUUGCUGUGCUCCAGCGGAACGUCUCGAGGGGCGUUCCACAGCUCCGACGAUGACCUUUCACCUCCACCCAGCCCCAGAUCACUCUUCCCCUGUGCCCAGCUCACGUCGGACCACCCGCCGCCCCUCAGACACCUGCCCCCCGGGCACUACUCCCCCUACUGACGGGGGCUGACCUUGGCCUACAGUGCAGACUGACUGACUGAACUGUUGUAAGGUCACUGGAACAGGCUGUAAUAAGGUCAGGUGGUACAUGAACACAGAACAGCUGCUGCCCCCUGCUGGUGGUAGAGGAGGAGGAGUGCAUCACUUAUCAGCGUGGUUCUUUUGGAUGAAUUAUAAUGUACCCACUUGAUAAAGAACAACAUGUGCAUGUGGGGCUCAGAUAGGUGGAGCCUGGUCUAGGUGGGACCCAGCAGAGCAUGGGAUCUAAGUGGGUUUAUACAAUUUACAUACUUUUUUUGGAAAAAAAUCACAAACAAUAUUGUCCAGUUCACAAUUAAUUUAAGUGUUUCAGAUGAUUUUUAAAGAAUACAUGUUUUUGUAUAGAGGCUUAUCUUGCAUAUAGUCCUAUUGUCAGCAAUUCUCAGUCCUCUGCCUAAAUCUCCUGGUAUGACCACCAAUCCAAGUUAAGGAUGUUAUUGGGCUAAUAGUUUUGUUUUGCUCAAUUGUGAUGCACAGCUAAACAAAACAUUAUACUCAUAAGUGAGCAUAAAGGACAGGAAAAGUGUGGGAGUGGGAGGCCCCGAUGCACAACUGUGCAGGAAGAUAAUUAUCUUAGAGUGCACAGUUUGAUAGAAAGACGCCUUCAUGUCAUGUUUAUUUGCUUUAUUUUUAUAAAUUGGAAAGUGUGUUUCCAAUGAACACAAGACAAUUUCACUGUGACCCCACCAAACUUUUAUGCAGUAGUGUAUAUCCCCUUAAAGAUUUCUUUUGUUAUUGCUUCCUUAUCAUACUGAUUUAUUAUAAGGGAAUAAAGCAAUCCAAACCAACCUGCCCCCCCAUUUAGAAAUGAAACUUUUUAUAAAAAGUUCAUUUCUAAAGCUUUGGGACUCCAGAGGAUUACAGUGAUUCACUAUUAUUCACUAAUGGAGAAAAAACAUGGAACACUGGUGAACCUUUCCAGGAGUGACCGGCCGACCGAACAAAAUUACUCCAAAAGGGCAUGAAGAACUCAUCCAGGAGGUCCCAAAAGAACCCAGACUGUUAUACUCUGUUCAGAACUCUUAAAGAUCCAACUUUUGCAACUUAAGCUUUUCUUAAGAGUUCUGAAUAGUCAUAAGCUGAGGGCAUGUUUUGAACUGGCAAACAAACCAUAUUUGUACCUGAACAGGUGAUCACCAUGAGCGUUUAAUGUGUUAUGUGUAAUACAGGAAUUAAGCCUAGUCUUGGACUACACAGUGUCCUUAAUGAAGGGUUUACAUUGAGAGAUAUACUGUGGUGUAUACAAUAUACUGUACUGUGUAUACAAUGGUGUUGCUAAGGUGUUGUAAGUACACCUGUGAUGACUUUCUUCUUCAGGACAUUCCAAACUGCUGUACAGUGCUUUACAGCUGCUUGUUUUUUUCACCUAUAGACUCGUAUAGCUCUCUGGUUUUCAUGGUUUACCGGUUGCUCCUCUAACUAUAAAUGCACACUCUGCACAGAUAAAACCUGAAUCUAAAACUGAGAGAUAUUAAUGCAUCAGGACACACCUGGGCAAAAAAAACACACCUGACAGUAACAUGUUCCAAUACUUUUGCUCACAAGACAAAAAAAAUGAGUGUUUUCAGACAGAAGGUGUUGAAUCUUCUAAACUGUAAAAAUAAAUAAUAAAUACCUGGAAUUAUAAGCAGAAA